AUGGCUGGCACAAGUGCGAUGAUCUAUUCCCCUUGGACCUUCAACCCUGAUGCCGCUCGAGACUUCUGUGACUGGCUUAAAACAAGAUAUCCUCAGAUAACAGAUGUCAAGUACAACAAACAGCACUCCUAUUUCGCUGUCGAGGGCGACGAUAUCGAGCAUGACUAUGAUGUUGAGUUCGCGUUGAAGUUGAAUGAAUUUGCUCAAAAGGAGCUGGCUGCAUCUUUCAAGGCCCCGCGAAUCAGCCGUAAUGUACAAGCUUCUCGGGUGGUUGACCAUGUCGAUAAUCAAGUUCGAAAGCCUCCCAUUUCAUCAAACUGUCAUAUUCUUGACCAACCGAUUGAGGACUCAAGUAAUGAUGAGUGUGCGAUCACUGAAACAUGGAAGUCUCAAUAUCAGUGCCUCGGACAUUCCCCGAAUACCCAAAAGCACCUGUUAAAAGAGUUCGGUGGCCUUACUGGUACCGAGAUAUCGAUAGACAUCACUUCUAACAGCAUUCAAGUAUCUGGCAAAAGUGCAGAAUGCGUUCAAAAUGCACUUGAUUACCUGAAAAACGCGGAUACUGCAUUGAAUUUGAAGCAACGGGACGAGAAACCUUGCAGCCACCACCUACUCCUUCAGCAAAAGGAUACCGGAAAUCUGCGAACGAUUCCAUACGUGGAGCAUCCAUCCGCAGAAAUUGUGAGUGGUCUUGUCACACAAAGGCAGCGAUCACGUCUCGCAACCGCGGUUGCGUUGGUGUCAUCAUACAUACCCAGUCCCUAUUCGACUAAUGGUCUAAGUUAUACUGCUUCAUCUGUCGAAUCACGCUACUGGAAUGGAUAUAAAUUCCCUGAAUUCGGAAAGAAGGAGCUGUUCAUACAUGCCCAGCCCGCAGUUGAUAUUUCUUCGGCAUCAACUACUACCAAGGGAUCACCACAUUCCAUUGGCAGUGAGGCGGUCUCUAUGGCGAAGAUUGAGGAGAAUAAUAUCUAUUUACAACCAGAAAAAGUCGAUCGAAUUGCCGACUGGGUUCGCCACAAUGAUGACAAGGAGAAGAGUGAAGUCGACGAUUUACUUUUUGGUGACUUGCUUAUCGGCACCGAUAUUGCAAAACCCGUGCGGACAAGUAUUCCUAAACCUUUGAAGGAAGAGGAGAAUGUUCCAGGUUUAUUGAGACGAAGAGUACGGUCAGCGAAAUCCCAGACAGAAACAGAGAAGCCAGUUCUAGAACGUAAGGAGCAGGACUCUAAGCACUUUUGGCCUCCGUUGAUGCCACAGCUUCAUCGUACCAUGGGCCAAAAGAGUGCGCAUUCAACGAGCACUAGCAAGAAACCUGGGACCAAGCAACUUACCUUGGAUGCCUGCUGGAGUCGUAAACCAACCCCUUCUCCCAAAAACGCAGCUAUCAAAGCUGAGAAAGCCAAGGAGGAGACGGCAAAGCCAGCUGUCACGCGAGUAGAAGAAUCCAUUGCCAGUCUUCAAGGGGCCAAAGAACCACAAAAGAAAUGCCCGUCCAAGCCUCCUCGUGAAAACGCGGACCAGGUUAAUGACGUAUUCCGUGCCCUCGAACCAACACUGGUAGACGCCAAAUGCUUUCCUGGGAUAUUACAGUUAGAAGUACACCUUGGUCUGAUUAUCUUAUCUCCCUUGCCAUCACGCCAGGAGCAAGAUGAAGGAAAAUUAUCGGUGAAAGACUGGUAUGAAAUCUUUCGGCCAGAGAACAAUCUCCCAGUGCCAUCAUUCUGGGUAUUCCCGAAAUUUUCGGCUACUGGCACAGAUGUAGAUUCAUUGGUGGAUUUGACCUUACCUGGUGAUGAGAAGCAGAGAUUGUUCGAGAAGAAGACUUUUGAUCGUGGAAUUAUGUAUGAGUUCCAUUGUAGCAGCAGACAUGGGAACGAGUUCCUCAUCACUCUAGACGAAACCGGCAAAGCCAGCAUUCGGUUGCCCGAGGUCAUGCUUGCAUCUUCAAACAUCCAUUCUCCUCACUCCACAUGGGAUCUGACAGCCAUUUUCAAAGGCUGGCCAAACUUCCGCAAGGGGCGAGACGCAAAACUUGACGAGGCCAUCAACACCUUUGUCGACGAAAUCUGGCUACAACCGGGAUCCUCCAUCAACGUCUUCUGCAACGAACCAACCGACGGUCUUUUCUCCGUGAAUGAAAUCUUCUUGAAACGAUGGACACUCCACAAACACACCGCCUCCUCCCUCUCCGAUGAUCGCAUCAUGCUGAAAAUCACCGAAGUCCAGAAAUUUGUCAUCGGCCGCAACCCCGACUGUCCCACGCGCAUGCGCGGUCGGAUUCCGUUGAAGAGGAGAAACGAAUGGGCCACUAAGAAGAUCCUCUGGUUCGAGGUAUCUGUUAUCAGCGCCGCCAUCGAAUCCCUCUUCGCGUCCAACGCUGAUCUCGAGCUCGGCCGGAAGACGCAGAAAUGGAACCCAACGGAUAUUCUCCGCGAUGAGGUCGUCGACCUAGCGCAGAGUAACGACUCGAGUCCUGUCGCUGAAAUUAUCGGUGCUGCGAGCUUCGGUAAUAUGCUACGUGUAGGAAAACAGGUUUUGACGAGUAUGAAUGUCAAGAGAUCAGAAGAAGGAGUACCCGUUUAG